CAACGGUGUAAACCACAUAAAACGAAAAGAAAAACACACUAUGUCUUCGAACAAGAUUGUGUUAACAAGCUCUGAUGGCGAGUCUUUCCAAGUUGAGGAACCGGUGGCGAGAAAAUUGCAGAUCAUAGCAAACAUGAUCGAGGACGACUGCGCCGAUAAAGCAAUUCCGCUUUCAAACGUCACUGGAAAUAUCCUUGCAAUGGUCAUCGAGUAUUGCAAAAUACACGUUGACGAUAAAGAUAGUGAUUCAACUGAAGCGACAAAUGAUAGUGAAGCAACUGAAGCAACGAAUGAUAAAGAAGCAACUGAAGCCAAGGAGGAGCUCGUGAGGACUUGGGACAAAGAGUUCAUGAAAUCUCUCGAUCUUGAAACGAUCUUCUCAGUCAUUCUCGCUGCCAACUAUCUCAACGUCAAGAGCCUUCUAGAUCUCACUACCCAGAACGUGGCAGAUUACAUCAAAGACAAGACACCAGAGGAGGUUCGAAAGAUCUUCAAUAUUGAAAACGAUUUCACACAGGAAGAAGAAGAAGAGGUUCGAAAGGAGAACGCAUGGGCUUUUCAAGAUGAUCCAAAACCCUAACUUUUUGUUUUCGUUUUAAAAUUGUUGAUUUCGAUGUUCUUUUAAACUUUGUUGAUGACCUUCUUAAAUAUGAUUAAGAUUAGGGGCUUGAUUGGAAGAGCAUAGGAAGAAGCUUUUUUAAUUUUAUCAUCCAAUCAACAUUUAUUAGGAGAGCAUCAAAAAGAGCAUUUAGAAGCGGCAGAUGCUCUCAUAUGCUCUCUUCCUGUAUGCUCUAUUCCUAUAUGCUCUCAUUUGAAGCA